AUUUCUUGACCACAAAUACCAGAAAUGCAAAUUCCAACACAGCGGUAUGGCAGACGACCUUAUGGAGUUGGUCUUCUUGUUGCUGGAUAUGAUGAUAUGGGUCCUCACAUUUAUCAGACUUGUCCUUCAGCUAAUUAUUUUGAUUGUAAAGCAAUGGCCAUUGGUGCCAGGUCACAGUCUGCAAGGACAUACCUUGAAAGACACUUGGAUGAAUUUCCAGACUGUGAGCCUGAAGAACUCAUUAAACAUGGCUUAAGAGCAUUGAGAGAGACUCUCCCUAACGAACAGGAACUAACUACAAAGAAUUGUUCCAUUGGUGUUGUUGGUAAGGAUCAGGAUCUGGUCAUUCACAGUGAUGAAGCUGUGGCCCCUUAUUUGGCUGGAAUUGAUCAAACAAAGAGGCGUAGAGGGGAAGAGACUGCUGAUGUAGAGAUGGAAGGAGAAGCACAGGCGGCUGGUGAAGGUGAUGCAGGCGAGCAACAACCUGGAGGGGAAUCUAUGGAAGCAGAAGAAAGCUAAACGUUCUGUACCUGUGACAAGAAGCCCACUACUUUAAGCAUUCCAUUACUCUUGUGCUCCAUUAAAUAUUGUUUUGUGAACCUUAAACUAUUUAGAGAGAAUAAAUCUUUUCCUCAACACAUCUGUCUUGUCUUAAAUGCUGCUAUGCAGUCAUGGUGUAACCCUGAAUUUCAAAGUAUGAUUCACCCACCAUGAAGUUCUUGAGGCUAAGUGGCAAUAAGAAAUAGGAGUUCAACCUGGGCAUGGAAAAUACAUACAUACAAAAAGAGUAAAUGAAGAAAGAGUAAGAGACAGUGGAAUUAUGGCAGUUUCAGAGAUUGAUAUUGACAGGAAAUCUCACAAAUGCAGUUUGUUUUUUUUUGGUGGGUAUUUUAAUUUGUUUGGUAUUCAGAUAAAGCUGCUUUUCAUGCAAACAAUAACACAGGACUGUUAGUUAGCAAGCAGCAGGUAUCUGUUUUCCUUCCAAGCUAUUCUUUCUUAAUUAUUUAUGUUUAGUAGUUUAUAACUGUAAAAACCAAGUUACAGUCCUGAGUUUGCAUUAACAUUUUCAGCAGGAGGGCAACUGGGGUUCGAGGCAGGCAAAAUGUUUUGAACUGAACUUCUUUUUAAGAAAAAGUUUCAUUUAGAUGGUCAAAUUAAACCAGGCAGGCAAAAUCGUUACCACAACUGGCUAAUUUGCCCACUGUCCAGCCCUUAAUGAAACCCCUAGUCAGCAAUGAUCACUUUGUUUAUUGUGCCCUUGCAUUAAAGUUGUUCUUUUUUUAA